UAAUGCUAGUACUUCAGUGCACAUUAAGUGCUCCAUAACUUUAGAAGACUAAUGGUCACAAUAAAAAGUGUAAAACAUCCUAUUUUGUCUUUGUGGUGUUACCCUAAUAAUCAAGAUACUACUAAGUACCACGAGGAGAGAAGGCGUGGUCGUGGAAGAUACAGAGGUAGAAAGUGUGGUCGAGGUCACAAAGGACAAAGACAAAGAGGAAAUCGUCCUCGAUUAGGCUUUGAGGGUGGUCAAACUCCGUUUUAUUUGGCCAUACCAAAAUAUGGGUUUAAUGAGGGACAUAGCCUUAGACGUCAGUAUCAACCACUCAGUCUUCAGAGGCUGCAGUACCUGAUUGAUUUGGGUAGAGUUGACCCCACGCAUCCGAUUGACUUAACACAGCUCACUAACGCCAGGGGAGUAACAGUACAACCUCUCAAAAGGGAUUAUGGUGUCCAGCUGGUGGAGGAGGGUGCUGAUAUUUUUUCAGCAAAAAUAAAUAUUGAAGUACAGAGGGCAUCUGAAUUAGCAAUUGCAGCCAUUGAAAAAAAUGGAGGUGUUGUUACAACAUCCUUCUACGAUCCGAGGAGUUUGGAAAUUUUAUGUAAGCCAGUAGCGUUUUUUCUGCGUGGCCAGCCUAUUCCAAAGCGAAUGCUUCCGCCUGAAGAUCUAGUCCGUUACUACACAGAUGCCAGGAACCGUGGGUACCUGGCAGAUCCAUCUAAGGUUGCAGAAGCCAGGCUUGAACUUGCCAAGAAAUAUGGUUAUGCCUUACCAGACAUAACUAAGGAUGAACUCUUCGAAAUGUUACGUACACGCAAGGAUCCUAGACAGAUUUUUUUCGGUCUUGCUCCAGGAUGGGUCGUAAGCAUGAGUGACAAGAAAAUUCUGAAACCAACUGAUGAGAGGCUGCUAAAAUACUAUAGUUCGUGAAUUCACGAUUGAAGACAACUGCAGGUGUACAGGAAACAUCUGGGAACAAAAUAAUGGCUACAAAGUGGGGUUUUUUUGACUUCUGUUGUACUAGACAAAACAAAUUUUUGUUUAUGUAAUGACAUAGCUGUCAAUUUUUUUGUUGUCAUAACAGUGUAGUGAGAAGUCUCAACUUUGAAAAGUGUAGAAUCUGACAUGAAUAAAGUAUAUAUUUGAGCACUUU